AUGUCGCGGGAACGCGGAGUGCCACAUGAGCCGUUGUAUGUGCCCGUCUGGAACUAUCAGUACCAACGGUACUUGCGUUGUGAACUCGAACUGCCAACCCUAUCAAGUUCUGGUCAACGGUUUAUGUCUGGAUACUGUUUCUAUUGGAAUGAAUUGCCAGGACAGUUCUCAGUGCAUCGGUUUGUCCUGAACAUUAUUCCUGAAAAGAGUUGUGUCACGGACUAUGUUUACUGUUAA